UACAAGUAUCAAGAAAUAGAAAUGGCUUCUGUUGCUGUUGGUCCACAACAGAAUGUGGUAACCAGAGUAACCAAUCUUCCUCUGGUGAGUUCCACCUAUGACAUAGUGUCCUCUGUCUAUGUCAACACAAAGGAUAACUACCCCUAUCUGAAAUCAGUUUGUGAGAUAGCAGAAAAGGGACUGAAGACCAUCACUGCAGUAACUGUAACAACUGCUCUGCCAAUCUUUCGGAAACUGGGACCACAAAUUGCAAUUGCCAACAACUAUGCAUGCGUGGGAUUGGACAGAAUUGAAGAGAGACUACCUAUAUUAAAUCAGUCAUCAGAUGAGGUUGUUGCGAGUGCCAAGGGUGCAGUAGUGGGUGCAAAAGACACUGUAACUACUACCGUGACUGGGGCCAAGGAUUCUGUCACUCAGACCAUUACUGGAGUUGUGGACAAGACUAGAGGAGCGGUGAAUGAAAGCAUUAACACUGUUUUGGGAAGCCGAGUUGUACAGAUCAUGAGUAAUCAAGUGGAAAAUGCCCUUACCAAAUCAGAGUUUCUUGUAGAUCAGUACCUCCCACUCAUGGAAGAAGAAUUAGAAGAAACCAAAUUAGUUGAAGGAUCUGAUGUUCAAGGGCAGAAACUAAGUUACUACGUUAGACUCGGCUCUUUAUCUACCAAGCUGCGUGCCCGAUCUUACUACCAGGCCAUGAGCAGAGUUGAAAAUGCUAAAUUCAAAAGUCAAGAAACAAUUUCACAACUUCAUUCCACCCUCAGUUUGAUUGAAUUUGCCAGGGAGAACAUGAACAACGCCAACCAAAAAAUUCAAGAUAAGCUGUGUCGCUCCUGGAUGGAAUGGAAGAAAUGCAUCGGCCAAAGUGGCAGCAAUGAAAUACCUUGUGCUGAGCACAUUGAAUCUCGCACUCUAGCUGUGGCCCGCAAUCUGACGCAACAACUGCAAGUCACCUGCCGCACGCUUAUAGCCUCUAUUCAAGGUUUGCCACAGAAUGUGCAAGAUCAGGCCAGUUACAUAGGGGCUAUGGCAGGUGAGGUGGGUACAGUUUUUCACUCUGCCACCUCCUUUAAGGAAGUGUCUGCUGGACUCCUCACUUCAAGCAAAGGGCAGCUACAUAAAAUGAAGGAAUCCAUAGAUGAGGUGAUGGAUUAUCUGGUUAACAACACACCCCUCAAUUGGCUAGUGGGUCCUUUUUACCCUCAACUGCCAGAAUCUCAUGGAAAGUUGGGGAACCCAAGUGAAGAGCAGAACUCCAACCAGGAGGACCAACAACUUAACCCCAACACAAAUUAAAGUUGUGCUUAGCCCAGUUGUCUCUGUCAUCAGCUGAAUAAAAUCCAGACUUUCCUACUGUUACUGCAGCAAAUGAACAAGCUAAAAUAAAGCGGAGGUUCCUGCAAAGUC